ACUCGUCAAACAUCGGAAGUCAGCAAUUGUGACGCUGAUGUGCCCAAUGGAUCUCUACAUCUACCCAUUCGAUAUCCAAACAUGCCGUUUCAACCUGACCCUUCGAGGGAAGAUCAACUCCAAGGACGUUCAAUGGUCGUUGUCUCAAGACGAGUUGUUGGAAUACAUCGGUUCGCCGCUGCAGCUCUUCCAGUUCAUCUACUUCAAGAAGAAGUCCAAUCAGGAUGAUCAACAAACGAUGAUGUUCGAGCUACGGAUCGCACGUCGCUAUGGCAGUGACAUCCUUGUCACUUUCUUGCCGUGCUUCGUCAUGGAGCUGAUUGGCCUCAGCGUCUUCGCCAUACCUCUGGAAAACCUAAGUGACAGACUCACCGUCAGCAUAUCAUGUCUCAUCGUCAUGGCAGCUCUGCUCACCCAGAUCAGCUCGACGCUGCCGGUGUCGGCAGAUCCAAAGAUGAUCGACUCGUGGAUGUUCAUCCACGUGCUGAUCAUGGCAGUUGCGUUCUUCUGCAUGGUGCUGCUCGAGAUAGUCAACCGGAAGCUGGGACCCGACAAGGAGGAAGGGGACCGAUGGUUGAAGAAAGUGAAGAUCCAUCCUUAUAAAGAUGAAGACGAAGAGACAGAUGAAGCCGAGGACUUCACAUUUCCAACCAAGCUGAACAAAUAUCUGGCCAUCUUGUCUCUGCUUUCUUAUUUCACGUUCGUGGUUGUCUUCAUUGGUUACAUCUUCGGCGUCCGAAACUCUGUGCUCGGAGCUUAUUGAAUUUAUUGCAGGCUAUUAAGCCUUU